AUGUGCGAGUGGAAAGGACAGGGCCGAGGGGAUCAGGAGAUAGAUAUGCGCGGGCGCAUGAAGGGCGAAAAAUUUGCCGGGCAGUGCAAAGCCUGGAAGAAAAAGAAAAUAGGGCCUACCGUGAUCCGGGAGAUGAUAGGGGCGUUGGCGAGUGAGCCUAGGGAGACGUUCGGCGUGGUGGUGGGUUUGACUAGGGACUCAUUUACCAGUGGCGCGGUUAAAGCGGCCGAAAAAGCAGGGAUACUCAUAACCGAUAGUGAUCAUCUAUAG